UAAUCCAGGCCUUGAAAUUUCCACUCGCCUGCUCGCCAAUAGCGAGUGAAAAUUAUGGUGGGGGCGAGUGUGUCCCCCAGGGCCAUCUUGCUGAGCAGGCUCGGAGCUCAGGCCAGAUCUGUCAUUGUCACUGGGAGCUGUCACACUGCUCAAUAGCUGAGCGCAGUAAAAGAAAAGGAAGGAGUGUGUGUUGUGCUCUCUGCCUCCCCCUCGAGUGCAGUACCCGGCUCUGUGAGUGAGCAACGAAGUACUGCAACUUUUUAUGUGUCUGUGCGUGUGUACAUGUAUCUGUGUGUAUGCGUAUGUAUGUGUGUGUGUACAUGCGUAUGUAUGUGUGUGUGUACAUGUGUAUGUAUGUGUGUAUGUGUGUACAUGUGUAUGUACAUAUUUAUGUAUGUGUGUGUGUGUACAUGUGUAUGUGUGUGUAUACAUGUCUGUGUGUAUGUACAUGUUUGUGUGCGUGUGUACAGGUGUCUGUGUGUUU